CCGGCCUCACAGUCCACUACAGUAGGUGGCGGUGUAUGCAACUCACUGUUAAUUUCUCCCAAUAUAUAUUUUAUGAAGAAGAUAUUGAGCUAGAAUUUACUCUCCCCUCCAACUUUCGGAUCUUUAAUAUCCACCCGCACAGUAUAGGUGGCGGAAUUCACAUAUUCCUGUUGCAAUCGCAAUUAUAUCAAAGAAGAAGAUAACGCUAGCAAACCAAAAGCAACAGAACAAACAUGGCGGAAGAGGAGGUGGCCAAGCUGCAGAAGCACCUAGCCCUGCUGAGGCAGGAGUAUGUGAAAAUGCAGCAGAAGCUGGCUGACACAGAGAGGCGCUGUGCCGUGCUGGCUGCUCGGGCCUCUGUCCAGGGCUCCACCAAGGCCUCCGUAGCCGGGUCAGAAGACACCUUCAUCAGCCGCCUGCUGGAGAUCGUGGCCGAGCUCUACCAGCAGGACCAGUACAGUGAUCUGAAGGUGAUGGUUGGAGAGACGACGCUCAACGCUCACAAGUUUGUCCUGGCUGCUCGCAGUGAUGCCUGGAGCCUGGCUAACCUGGCCUCAACCUCCAAACUGGACCUGUCUGAUGCCAAGCCGGAGGUUGCCAUGGCGAUGUUGCGCUGGGCCUACACAGACGAUCUGGAGCUCAGUGAGAACGAUGCCUUCCUCAUCGACCUGAUGAAGCUGGCCAACCGCUUCCAGCUGCAGCUGCUCCGAGAGAGGUGUGAGAAAGGGGUGAUGUCAUCUGUGAAUGUGAGGAACUGUAUCCGGUUCUACCAGACUGCUGAGGAGCUGGACGCCAUAACACUCAUGAACUACUGUGGAGAGAUUAUCGCCAGCCACUGGGAUGACCUGAGGAAAGAGGACUUCAGCACUAUGAGUGCUCCGCUGCUCUUCAAGAUGAUCAAGUCUAAAACAAAUUUCCCUCUUCACAAAGCCAUCAAAGUUGAGAGGGAAGACGUGGUCUUCCUCUACCUCAUUGAGAUGGACUCGCAGUUGCCUGGGAAGCUGAAUGAACUGGACAACAAUGGCGACUUGGCCCUGGACCUGGCUCUGUCUCGUAAACUGGAGAGUAUCGCCACCACGCUGGUCAACAACAAAGCAGACGUGGACAUGGUGGACCAGAGUGGCUGGAGCCUGCUUCACAAAGCCAUCCAAAGAGGUGAUGAGUUUGCCUCCACCUUCCUGAUCCGCCACUUGGCCCAGGUGAACGCGGCCACGGUCGGGGCGGUAGAGACCCCCCUGCACCUGGUGUGUUCCUUUAGCCCCAAGAAGCACUCUGGGGAGGUGAUGAGUGGCAUGGCCCGCAUCGCAGAGGCCCUGCUCAAGACAGGGGCCAACCCCAACAUGCAGAACAGCAAGGGAAGAACUCCUCUACAAGAAGCGGUGGUGUCGGGGAAUGAGCUUGUGUUCAACCAGCUCCUACAGUGUAAACAGCUGGACCUGGAGCUGAAGGACCAUGAGGGGAGCACAGCUCUGUGGCUGGCCCUGCAGUACAUCACCGUGUCCUCUGACGCCAACGUUAACCCCUUUGAGGACGAUGCUCCGGUGGUGGAGAAUGGAACACUGUUUGAUGAAAACAGCUUUGCUGCCCAGCUCAUCCGGAGAGGCAGUAACCCAGAUGCACCAGACACAGCCACAGAGAACUGUCUCAUGCAGAGGGCAACGGGUGUAGGCAGUGAGGCUGCUGCCCUCUUCCUGGCCACACAUGGGGCAAAGGUCAACCAUGCCAACAAAUGGGGUGAGACCCCUCUCCACACGGCGUGCCGCUGUGGUUUGGCUGGCCUGACGGCAGAGCUUCUCCAUCAAGGGGCUAACCCUAACCUGCAGACGCAGAAGGCCCUCCCCGACGAGGCCCUGGCCCAGGGGGUGUCCCUGCAGAGCCCGCUCCACAUGGCCAUCAUACACAACCACCCCGACGUGGUGUCAGUCAUCCUGGAGCAGAAAGCCAAUGCUCUUCACGCCACCAACAACCUGCAGAUCAUCCCAGACUUCAGCCUCAAAGACUCCAUGGACCAGACGGUGUUGGGCCUAGCCCUUUGGACAGGUAUGCACACCAUAGCAGCCCAACUCCUGGGCUCUGGGGCGUCCAUCAACGACACCAUGUCCAACGGUCAGACCCUACUGCACAUGGCCAUCCGCAGACAGGACAGCAAGAGUGCCCUGUUCCUCCUGGAGCACCAGGCUGACAUCAAUGUCAAAACCCAGGAGGGUGAGACGGCGCUGCAGCUGGCUAUCAGUAACCAACUCCCCCUGGUGGUGGACGCCAUCUGCACACGGGGGGCCGACAUGUCCGUGGUGGACGAGAGGGGACACCCCCCUCUGUGGCUGGCCCUGGAGAACGGUCUCGAGGACAUCGCAUCCACACUGGUCCGACACGGUUGUGAUGCCACCAGUUGGAGCUCUGGUCCCUCAGGCUGUCAGCAGACCCUCCUCCACAGGGCUGUGGAUGAGAACAACGAGGUCACCGCCUGCUUCCUCAUCCGCAGUGGUUGUGAUGUAAACAGCCCACGGCGUCCAGGUCUUAACGGAGAGGGGGAUGAGGAGGCCAGGGACGGACAGUCACCCCUCCAUCUGGCAGGCAGCUGGGGGCUGGAGGAGGUGGUGCAGUGCCUUCUGGAGUUUGGGGCCCAUGUCAACACACAGGACGCAGAGGGCCGAGCGCCUAUCCACGUUGCCAUUAGCAACCAGCACAAUGUCAUCAUCCAGCAGCUCAUAUCCCACCCGGACAUACGUCUGAACGCGCGUGAUCGCCUGGGCAUGACCCCCUUUGCCUGCGCCAUGACACACAAAAACAACAAGGCUGCAGAGGCCAUCCUCAAGAGAGAGCCCGGGGCUGCCGAACAGGUGGACAACAAAGGGCGUAACUUCUUGCAUGUGGCGGUGCAGAACUCUGACAUCGAGAGUGUUCUGUUCCUGAUCAGUGUCCAGGCCAACGUGAACUCCCGGGUGCAGGACGCUGCCAAGCAGACUCCUCUACACCUGGCUGUUCAGGCUGGCUCGGAGAUCAUCGUCCGCAACCUACUGCUGGCAGGGGCCAAAGUGAAUGAGCUGACCAAACACAGACAGACAGCUCUACACCUGGCAGCCCAGCAGGACCUGGCUGCUAUCUGCUCUGUGCUGCUGGAGAACGGAGUGGACUUCACCGCUGUGGAUGAGAAUGGCAACAACGCCCUGCACCUGGCCGUAAUGCAGGGUCGCCUUAAUAACGUGCGUGCCCUUCUCACGGAGUCCAACAUUGAUGCUGAGGCCUUCAAUCUCAGGGGCCAGUCACCGAUGCACGUUCUGGGGCAAUAUGGGAAAGAGAAUGCGGCGGCCAUCUUUGAACUGUUCUUGGAAUGCAUGCCUGAGUACCCUCUGGACAAACCGGACAAUGAAGGGAACACAGUUCUGUUGCUGGCCUACAUGAAGGGCAAUGCUAACCUCUGUCGUGCCAUUGUGAGGUCUGGAGCUCGUAUGGGCCUCAACAACAACCAGGGAAUCAACAUCUUCAACUACCAAGUAGCCACCAAGCAGCUGCUCUUCCGCCUUCUAGAUAUGUUGUCCAAAGAGCCCCCGUGGUGUGAUGGCUCAAACUGUUAUGAAUGUGCUGCCAAGUUUGGAGUCACCACAAGAAAACAUCACUGCCGUCACUGCGGCCGCUUACUCUGCCACAAGUGUUCCAUAAAGGAAAUCCCCAUCAUUAAGUUUGACCUGAACAAGCCUGUGAGGGUCUGUGACAUCUGCUUUGACGUGCUGACUCUGGGUGGGUUGUCCUAACAGCACCGGACAGCAUGCUCCUCCAUCCAUCCGACCCUCCCUCCCUCAUCUUCCCGUUAUGGGGUGCCAGCCGUGCCUGGCUCACCACCCUGGCACUGUGGGCUGGGCAACACCAGGAAAGGUGGUGGCACAGCAGUAGCAGCCAGGUCUAACUUCCUGGAAAGUUAUUGGACAGAGUUAUGGAUGAACCACAACCUCUGUACUAGUCAUUCCAGUCUAUACAAAUAUGUUAAAGUUCUAGCAGGACUUAUGAAGUAGAAUUUACCAAAUUUGUUUUUGUUGAUCAAAGUAAUCAUGAUGUGAAAUUGGAUUAAAGGAAACGCUUGCUGGCUCAGUGACUCCAGGACUGGGCUAGUUGGGGGGGAGGGGAGAUGUUAUUCAGAUUGUCUUACUAAGGACUGAUCGUGGUUUUGACCCCAGAUAUAAUUUAUCAAGUGUUUGAAGGAAUCAUGAGAAUCAGUGAUGAACAUGUAAUGGUGUCAGAUUGCAGGAGCGGUUAGACCCUGGUCUCUGUUGGGAGCUGAAGAACGAACAGACUGUAUUUCUCCAGUAGCAGCCACUCACUGGCCCACUCAUCAAAUUAAUCCAUCCAAGAAUUUCACCAGUGCCCACUGGUAGAAAUGAUAAAUUAUUGGGAUGCAGGGCUGGGUUUACCCCUUCUGUUGUAGUGUUUACAGGUGUUCAACUCUGUUCUACUUCUGUCAAUUUAAGAUGAUCACUUUGUUGUUUUGCCCUCUACUUUUUACUGUUGGCUAUGUGGCUGGUUCUAAUAAGAACUAGAGAACGGUGUGUUGGAUUUUAAGGGGAUAGAGUUGAGUUACUAUGAAGCAGAUCAUGUUUUGUUGUUGUUGGGACGACAGCUUUUUCACACACAAAAUAAUAGAUAUUUUUUAAUCAAUGCUUCAACAUUACAUUUUUGAUUCAAUGAUUAAAAUGUUAAUGAAACACUCAA